ACAAAAUGGAACCUAAUUCCUUCCAAAGCUCUAAAAAAGGAGCAGAAGAAGAUAAGCGAGACAUUACGGGAAAUCAUUAUGAAUAUGAAGUGGGAAGUGAUCGGACAAUAAAUACUAGUGAAUAUGAGGACUCAUCGUUCAGUGCUUGUAUCAUGAAGGAAGAGAAGUCAGACAAGGAACAGGAUGGAGGCCUUGAGGAGAUAUAAAGAAUCAGAACUCUGAGGAGGAGAAGAAGAUCAUUUAUUUUGAGGAUUCUAACGAGAAAGAUAGCGUUAGAAGAAAAGAUAUAGAAGAUCAUAAGAAUGAGAUGAACUUACCACAAAUUGAUGAUCCAGAUGCCAAUCAGAAAUAGAAGAUCAAAAUCAUGUCCGACAUCACACAAAUGUGGAACAAAAAAGAAUUGAAGCAACUCGUCUCUUGAUCGAUCCAUUUCAGAGGAGUUUGUACACUCCUCAGAAACAUCUAAUCAAAAAAUUACCUCAGAAUGAGUAGAGAUAAAUUCAGAUAGCUACUUAGAAACUUCUUUAGCCUCAUUUUACUAUGAACUUUCUGCCUCUAAUUCAAAUAAAACUUGCACUGACAAAACAUACGAUGGUGAUCUCUGCAUCUGAGACCCUGGAGAGAUAAGCUCUACAACUUCCUUCUAUUGCAAAAGCUUAAGUCUGAUGUGAACCACAUCCCUCAGAUCUACCAUUUCAACCACAUCAACAAAGUCUGAGCCUUUACAGACUCUGAGAACCUUAAAUGACUCUAUGUCACCCCUAACACCUACAGAUGAGAAUAAUUCCCCAAAAGCCUACUCGACUUCAGGUUAGUAAGCCAGAGGGAAAUUAUGCUGCUCGUCUUGAUAAACCAGCUUUGACUCCAUUAUGAUCAAAGCAAUGAAUCUCUAUUCGAAUUCAUCAAGAUAUUUUA